AAUUUAGAAGGGAGGGGGCGACCGGUGUGUGUGUGUGUGUGUGUGUGUGUGUGUGUGUGUGUGUGAGCGAGCGCGCGUGUGUGUGUGUUUAGAAUAAACUUAGAAGAGAGGGGGCGACGCGGGUGGGCUUCCGGACUGCAAAAUUAGAACACUGUGCAGCUAUUGCUGGCAGGACUCAGGCCUCUGUUCCAAGAGAGUGCUCAGUGGCCUCGGGAAGGAGUUUGACUGAGAUUGGGAAUUCCAUCCCUGGCACAGUUUUGGAUGCAGAGGGGAGGCGAGGGUGAAGGGAAAAGAGCAAAGAAUGCAUGGGGAAGGUGCCAGCAUCUAGGUCUGGAAUGGAUUUAGUUCAUUCAGGGAGAGCUGGACGAUGAAAACACUGAACACUCUAAGAAGCUUGGGAGAUGUAGGAGAUUAGUGUAUGGUAAUAACAAGACAAGAAGGAGAUGGGAGGAGGAUGUUCUUUUCUAUAUUUCUUAGAAGACCAUCUACAUGCAUUGUUAGUGCUUUUGGUAUUUUGAUGAUAGAGCAGAGUAAAAGAAUAGUUAAGAAGUCUUAGGAAUCCAUUUGGGCAUAUAAUAGAUUAGAGAGUGUCACAAUGUUUAAAUAUUCCACAGGUUAACACUGAAAUCAGCCUUCUGGCCAUGCUGGUUCUAUGGCCUGUUUCUUCUCAUGAACCCCAGCAGAAGACAGAAAGGCCAGUCCUCACAGUGGAUGACUUCCCUUCCCUGAGCAAGAGAUGGGAUAGAACCUGGGAUCUGCCCAACACCAGACUCUGAGCUUAAUAAGCCAGCUGAAUGAAGGAAUGUAACAGACCCCUGGGAGGGACACUGAACCCUGCAUUGGGGGGGGAGGGGCCUGGACAUACCCCUUCCCCCCCAGACUCCUCCCCCUCAGAGUCCACUCAGCCAUGGACUUUGGACCUGGAUAACAGGAGAGAAGCUGCACUUUGUUUGGUGUAUCUGACUUGGGAUUUGAAGUUUUUGAAAUGGAGUACUGGAAGGGGGUUUGAUGAUCUCCAGGGGAGCAGCUGAGAGAAGAGAAGAAAGGGUUGUGAGGAUGGUGUCCCUUGAGGUUUUGCCACCAGUCUGAGAGCUUGCUGGUCUGAGGUGGCUCAUGGAUAAGUCAGAGAUGGUUCUGCUCCUCCAACCUUGAGGUGCAUGGCUGCUUCCUAAUCCUGAGGUCCAGAGAAAGCAUCCCUAGAGCUGUGGAAGUGAACUAGGCAAGCCAAGGGCAGCCUUGAGCCCCACCCUUGCCUGCCACCCCCUCGGGGGCCAGGAUGCUGAAGAAGCAGUCUGCAGGGCUUGUGCUGUGGGGCGCCAUCCUCUUUGUGGCCUGGAAUGCCCUGCUGCUGCUUUUCUUCUGGACACGCCCAGCGCCUGGCAGGCUGCCCUCUGACAGUUCUCUGGAUGAUGAUCCCGCCAGCCUCACCCGUGAGGUGAUCCGCCUGGCCGAGGACGCGCAGGUGGAGUUGGAAAGGCAGAGGGGGCUGCUGCAGCAGAUCAGGGAGCAUCAUGCUCGGUGGAGCCAGAGGUGGAGGGUGCCCACUGCUGCCCCACCCAUCCCACCGCGUGUGCCUGUGUCCUCACCACCAGCCGUGAUCCCCAUCUUGGUCAUUGCCUGUGACCGCAGCACUGUCCGGCGCUGCCUGGACAAGCUGCUGCACUACCGGCCCUCGGCUGAGCACUUCCCCAUAAUCGUCAGCCAGGACUGCGGGCACGAGGAGACAGCCCAGGUCAUCGCCUCCUAUGGCAGUGCUGUCACGCAUAUCCGGCAGCCGGACCUGAGCAACAUUGCGGUGCCCCCAGACCACCGCAAGUUCCAGGGCUACUAUAAGAUUGCACGGCACUACCGCUGGGCACUGGGCCAGGUCUUCCAUAGGUUCAAGUUCUCAGCAGCUGUGGUGGUGGAGGAUGACCUGGAGGUGGCGCCAGACUUCUUCGAGUACUUCCAGGCCACCUACCCGCUGCUGAAGGCCGACCCCUCCCUUUGGUGUGUGUCUGCCUGGAAUGACAAUGGCAAGGAGCAGAUGGUGGACUCGAGCAAGCCAGAGCUGCUCUACCGCACAGACUUCUUUCCUGGCCUGGGCUGGCUGCUGUUGGCUGAGCUCUGGGCUGAGCUGGAGCCCAAGUGGCCCAGGGCCUUCUGGGAUGAUUGGAUGCGCAGGCCUGAGCAGCGGCAGGGCCGGGCCUGUGUGCGACCUGAAAUCUCCAGAACGAUGACAUUUGGCCGCAAGGGUGUAAGCCACGGGCAGUUCUUUGACCAGCACCUCAAGUUCAUCAAGCUGAACCAGCACUUCGUGCCCUUCACCCAGCUGGAUCUCUCAUAUCUGCGACAGGAGACCUAUGACCGAGAUUUCCUUGCCCGUGUCUAUGGGGCUCCCCUGCUGCAGGUGGAGAAAGUGAGGACCAGUGAGCAGAACGAGCUGGGGGAGGUGCGGGUGCAGUACACAGGCAGGGACAGCUUCAAGGCCUUUGCCAAAGCCCUGGGCGUCAUGGAUGACCUCAAGUCUGGUGUUCCCAGGGCCGGCUACCGGGGCAUUGUCAGCUUCCUAUUCCGGGGCCGCCGUGUCCACCUGGCUCCCCCACAGACCUGGGAUGGCUAUGAUCCUAGCUGGAAUUAGCGGUGCCUGUCUGUUCCUCCUGGGCUCCUUCCUUGCCAUAUCAUGGGAUGAGAUGGGACCGUGUCCUUGGGCUGCAUCGCCCUCUCUGUGUGUCUCUCUUGGGUACAUUUAUCUUUUUUUUUCUUUUUUUCUUCUUUUUUCGAGUGGCAUUCAGAAGCACAGAGGAUAAGGUGAGGGUUAUUCUCCCAUUCUCAAGGGGGUGGGGGGGGGUCACAUCAUGGGAAACUUCCUGGGAUAUGUUGAGCAGUAUUAAGCAAGAAACCACUAUGUGAUAGGGGAGAGACUUGGGCAUGUUGGAGCCAUAGACUUCCAUGUUCCAGGUUUUCUCCUAGAGCAUCUGCGGAGAGGUGAGCAACUUUAGUUCUCUUGACCAGCUCUCUUUCCCCUGUCCCAGCUUUUCCAGCCAGGGUGUGAGCUCACCUCCUAUACCUGCUCCCCACCCCUACCUUCCCCCAAUUUGAGGGGUUGCUGGGUUAUUUGAAAAGGGGACUUAUCUGUGGCCAAAAUGAAACUAACCAAAGGGGUUUCAUCAUCAGAGUCUGGGUGGAGCUGUUAGGCUUUCAGGGUUUACUGCCACCUACUCUUAUUUCUCUUCUACCCUUCUCCUUAUCCCUGACCUCCUUUCUGCUCUUCUUUCCUUGCAGCUUAACAAUUUGUGAUUCUAAGAUGAGAAGUUGAAGGGGGAAAGCAAGACGUCUCCUCAGUUUGUCUGCAGAAGUUGGGGGAAAGGUGGUAGGGGGAAAGCCUUGGUGUGCUGGGACAUACCUCCCUCAUCCUGCCUCAAAGAAACAGACUCUGUUCCUGGAUCCUGACCUUUCUAAAAAUUGAUCCCUUCCCUUUUGCUCUAGGAGGUUUCAUUCUGGCUUUGUGGAAGAGAGAUUAGCUCCUUGUGUCCCUUUUCCCCUGGGGUUUGGUGCACAGGCUCCUCCCUAAAGGUUGUGGUUUCUGGUGGCCUUCCCAGGGUGAGGUAGAACAGCCAAGACAGGAUGGCUCCUGCCUCCCUCCGCUGUCUCCGGGGCAUAUCCUUAUCUGCUCAGAUUAGGAUGAGGAUGGCAAGUUGGAGAGCAAUGUGUGUGUUUUUGCUUCUGGCCUGACCUCGGUUCAUGGAAGAAAGUUGAAGCUACAGAAUUAUUUUCAAAAAUAAAGGCUAAAUUGUCCGAAAAA